UUUUCACCCAGAUUUUUUUUUUCCAAUUAGAUGAAAAUGAAUAGUUUUUAUGGGUUUUUUCAUUUAUGCUUAUUGUUUUACUAUGUUUGCUUAAAAAUUUGUAAAAAAAAGAAAAGCAAUUAAAUUUUAAAAAUUUAUUUCUUUAUGUGUUUUCUCUUCUAAAAGCAAUUAUACACUUACGAUCUAAAAAUAUGAUUAAAAUUCCAUGUAUAGAUGAUGAACAUGAGUUAAAAAUCAAAACUUUCCUGAUUCACCCCAUUUCUUUCUCCCUUCAUUUUCUUUUCUGUUUUUUUUUCGGUUUUUGAUUUUAUAAUUAAAUUUAUUAAUACAGACUGUGUUCUAUUUUAACCGUUUAGACAAUUAUGAAAAAAUAAAUAGUUGUACAAAAUAUAGAUGGGAAUAAAUUGCUAAAAUUUUGAACAUCUGUUUUAAAAUAUAAUAAUCUGACCUUGUAUUAAAUUUUGUGGGCUAUUGAUUUCUGAUCUCGUGGCUUAAGUUGUUCCUUUGUUUGUAUCUGUUUAUAUAGAUCGUGUUAAACUCUGCAACUCCAAGUUGACUUUGAAAUAGAGUUUUGAUCAUACUGGAACUCGUUUUCAAUUGUUUUAAUGGGUGGAAUUAUUAUUUGCUUAAAUAGAACUUGUAAUACCUUUCUAAUAAUAUAACCAAAUAAUGACUCCUAAGUUAACUAUUUAAUAGAUCUUUGAUGCUACCUGAACACUUUUUCACUUGUUUUAAUGGGUGGAAUUUUUAUUUGCUUAAAUAGAUCCUAUUAAACUCCUUUCUAAUAAUAUUAUUUCCUCUGUUUCAUAAUACUUGCUACAUUUUCUAUUUUUGGCAAUUUCAUAUUAGUUGCCACAUUUCCUUUUUUAGUAAUAAAAUAAUCAUUUAAAGUUCUAACUACUCCUAUUUUUAUUCUAUUCUAUACUCUAUACUCUAUACUCUAUAAUAAAAAACUAUACUAUACUCCAUAAAGUAACCUAACAACCUAUUUUUCCUUUUUCUUUUUCAAUUAACAAUAAUAAAAUACUAUACUCUAUAAAGUAAACAAUCAGCUACAGUGUAAGUCAAUCACUUUUCUUAAUACCCGUGUCCAUGCAAAUGUAGCGACUAAAAUGGAACGGAGGAAGUAUUAAAUAAUAGUUCCCAAGGUAACUUUGAAAUAGAGCUUUUAUCCUACUUGAACUCUUUUUCACUUGUCAUUUAUUUACAUUUAAUAAAAUUGUUACUUUUGAGCAACAAUUUUAUAAUAUCAAAACUCUUUUCUAAUAGAUUUAUGUCUUUAGAAAUAAUAAUUUAUCAUCAUAUUAUAUAACAAUAAAAUCUUAACAUAAUGUUUUACCUUUGGGAGUAGUAGUUGGGUAUCCCCUGUUCAUACACUUGUGCGUUUCCUUGGAAGCCUAAACAAUUUGCCAUUGAGCAUUUGGUAUCUUACUCCUCCCAAUGUUAUUAAUAGUGCAAACAUCAAAACUGCUGUACAGACCCUUGUGCGUUUUUUUUAAAAUCAUUUACGAGCUUUAAUUUAUAAUAAUUACUAAUAAUUAACACGCAAUACUUUUAAUUUUAUUGUUGGCUUUACUUUUUCUGAGAUCUAUAGUCUCUUGUUUUUUAGGGAAAACUUUGUCUCUCCUAUAUGCAUAAACCGAAAAUACUUGAGCUAUGGUCAUCCUGAUGAUUAAAUGAGAUAAUCUCAAUCUCAGUGAAUUUCUAUUGUGCUGUUUAUUUUAUAUUAUUUGUUACAACUUCCUCAGGUUUUUUUUUAGUUCAAUAUAAUCUACAAAAGGGUCAAUGUCGAAUUCUUCAACAAAGUUAAUCUUGGAUGGACAGGAACAAGAUGAAUGGAAGGAUAAGCUCAGCACAUUGUCUGAUGAUAUACUUGUCUUUAUUCUAUCUCUUAUGGAGAGAAAAGAAGCGACAAGAACUUGCAUCCUUUCAAGAAGGUGGCGGUAUUUGGCUACUUACUUCACUAAUCUCAACUUUGAUGUUGAUAAUUUAGAGACUAUGACCUUAGGCUGUAAGCGCCAACUCAAGCCAGUCAAAGAUCUAAAGCCAAGGUUCUUGAAUUGGGUUAGUCAAGUAGUGGCUUUGAAUCGUGCUCCAUUUAUUGAUGAAUUCAGAAUUCGCUUUCCAUUGGAUGAGACUGAUUCAAGUCAUCUCGAGGCUUGGAUCAAUUUUGCUAUCUUAAAACGAGUCCAGAACUUAGAGCUCCAUUUAAGAUCUUAUACCAUAACAUCUCAUGUUUGGAAAGGCAUGAGCCACCUCAAGUCCCUGAGUUUGAAGGGGGUAAAUAUAUGUGGAGAAGUAGUAGAGUUGGUUUUUUCUCGAUGCCAUCUUUUAGAACGACUAUACAUUGCUCGAUCAUACAAUCUAUUCAAGUUGAAGAUUCUUAACUUAAGCUCAGAAAAGUUGAAAUACUUGACAGUUCAUGAUUGCCAGAAUUUAGAAGAAGUUGAGGUACAAGCUAGGAAUCUUGUGUCGUUCGAUUUCAAAUGCUUCCAUACAGUUGUGGUUCAUGUUAGCGCUCCAUCACUCAUUGAAGCGCAAUUUCAUGGCUUAUAUGACACAGGACUGCUUCCAAAAUUCUCGCCCAUCAGAAGCUUAGCUGCUCACUUGUCUAAGCUUUCGCUUAAUGUAUAUGAGAAAUGGAUUGAUGAAGGUCUUAUCAUCCCUUCUUUUCCUAAUAUCCAAUACCUGAAGUUGUGGGUUUCUAUCAAAUAUAGUCAUUUUAACUUUAUUUUGUUAAGAUGCUUCCCGGAGGCCUGCCCAUUACUGCACGAAUUCAAGCUGGAGGUAACUUAUUAUCCCUAUAAUGGGGAGGUAGAUUCAGAUUCAGAUUUAGAUUAUUCAGAUAGCGACGACUUGAAAGACUCGAAUUUGCAAGAUGUGAAGCGGUGGUUGGAGACUAGAGAGGAGAUUAGUGCAACCUUUCCAAACUUGUGGAAAGUCGAAUGGGCUUCAACAUUUCACAAUGAUCUCAAUAAAGAAUAUAUGCUAGCUUUGCACAUUGUUAAGAAUGCCAUUAAGCUUAAGGACUUCAUCUUCACCCCCAUAAUUCCAAAGCCAUAUUCUAGUUAUGAAGAAUAUUCUGAUUAUGAAGAAGCUAUGGAAACUUGUAUAGAUCGCGCUGAACGAUUAGCUUUGGUUCUCCCAUCUCAUGUGAAUUUUGUGGUUAUCAAAGAAGGCUAAGUGAACCUCUCAAAUUUUAAAUGUAUUUCUUUUCUGGAUAUUGGAUACAUUUUGUAUUUUUGACAAUAUUUGUUUAUUUUUUUUGGAAGGAUUUGUGA